UGACGUCCGUCCUAUCGGCCUAGCUGAGCACACCGACACAGGCUACCACUUGGCCACCUUCUCUUGUUCUUGUACAUCCGGUCUGUCAGCUGUGCAACAGCAAUCCAAAACUUCAAUGGCAGUGGUAAAGGUGCAAAGAUGGUCUGGAAUGACCAGAUCUGUCAGUGAUUGGGAUGGUCUUCGAAGAGACGCUGAACUGUGGGUCGAGGAUGGCGAUUGCUUUGUGCAUUUGUAUGCACAGGGGGCGUCACGCCGUGGUCCAUCCUUUUGCAUUCCUUUUAGGGCUCUGCGACAGAAGAAGUGCAGUUCUUUGCUCAACGUCUGCCAUGCACAAGUUGCCUCGCGAGAUGGCUCAGAAACGCAACGAUUGCUGAGCGUAUCAAGUUCACUGAUCCUACCGAACCGUGAGUCUGGAGUCGCCAAUUUGUAUAUCCCGGCCCCAGAAGACGCCUCUCGUGAGGAUGCAUUCAAAUGGCAUGUCACGACUCGAAACUUUUUUGCGUUCCUGGUCGGAAAGCCACUCGUCGGCUAUCACAUGGGCCAAACCUUCGUCGAUCUGCAAGAAAGACUUCGCCUAUUCCGAUCAGGAGUGGUCGAUAACCACCAGGAUUUCCUGCAAUAUGCCGAGGAUCAAGGGUACCGCGACUUUGCCGAAUGCACCGACUACGCACUUGCCAGUUUGUUCUACGCAGAGGCUUUCAAAUUUAGGCAUGCUUGGAUUGAUGCUUUUGCUCAUUGCGUUGGGAUGAACGACAGUCUGUCUUUGAGUCCCGAAUAUGCCUCAACAUCGAGGCUGACCAAGGCUCUCAUUACACGUGCCUUCCUUGAGGUGGACCUGCACCUUGGACAGGUGACUACUGCCCUAGGAAAGUUCUUAGAGGAGGACCUGUCCCCGGUCCACCUCGGUCUUACGCCAGGAGGCCGGAGUCAUUUGAAUCGUUUCCGCCGUUUUCUACACAGCUUUUACGUUAAGAAGUUUGGGUAUUGGCCACCACCGAGGGGAUCCGCUUUCCCAAAAGCGCUUUACAGGUCCAUGUACUUUGACUUUCAGGCUUUGUAUGACUACCUUGUCGAUAUUAACUCCACAACCGACUUCACUCUACAAGGACCGGUAGAUGGAGGCAUCUGUGUCUUGCAGAAUCUUGACAGCUUCGACAGGCGUCACAAGUUUACGCCGCAGCCACAUCCAUUGCCGCUACUCCCAAGCUACGCGGAACCAACCAAAAAGGCAGAGUCCCCGAAAGCUCUUCGACAGUUGACGCUAGCAUCUCAGCACAAGAAAGCCAAUGGCGUCCAUACUGUAAGUGCUGCGCUGGCGACUGCGACCAACAAACCACCUGCAGGUUUCAAUGGCUCCAGCAUUGUGCAAGAAUAUGCUCGUUUUGAGCAAACUUAUAGCUCGACUCAUACCCAACGCGACGAGAAGAUUUCUGUUGUUGAUGCUCGGAAAGUGAGGUGGCUGUUGAUCUACGGCACGCUACAAUACCUCGUGUCGGCACUGCGGGCCCCGAAGGAGGUGAGAGAUGCCGAGACUGCCGACUACCCUCUUUGCUGUCUGUUACCCGAGAACUCAUCCUGGCCUGGUGCGUCGCAAGCGUCUACGCCUUCGGCUACGUCGGUGAUGUCGUCUUCAGCCUCUGUACCCCAGGCGAUCGAUGAAUACCUCAACAGUUCGCAAUCCGAUUUUUCGACUAUUCAACCCGAUUGCCACAGAGAAGAUUACUUCUCAUCCAGAACGCCAAGUCGACGGGGUUCUGUGGAAGUGCCGGCACCACUCCAGUUCUCUGCGUCUGUCCUGAAUUCGCCCACCCGUGCGCUAGGGUUGAUUUCAUUAUCAGGACGGAGCUCGCGACGGAAUAGCUUGAAGCUCAAGCCUUCUCAUCAUUGCGAAAUCAUUGUUCAGAGCUACGGCAACGGACUCAAUGAAGCUAUAGUAGAACAACCGGAAACAGUCCUAUCGAGCAACUCGUCUAUCAGUCACUCUCAACGUUCUUCAGCGUAUAGCGUGGCGGAGGGCGCUGAUGCCGAGACACCAUGGGAACGUCCCCAGUCUCCCCCUAUCCCACAAGAGCGAACAUCGUCGUUGAACAAAACGCGCCAUGUGCGUCAACGAUCGCCUCUGCUAGAUGCAACUCAACUUGCGCGGUUCUAUGGUUCUGUCAUAUCCAUUGACCAUACAGACAUGAGCCGUUCUGAUAGCACUAGCUCGCAUGGUAGCCAGGCAUGGAGCGAGUACAGCUCAGCCUCGUCAAAGUCCAGCUUGGAUGAAGAGAACAGAGAGCGUCACAGUACCACCGUCGAAGACAGCGGCCUUCUGGGCGGCUUUGUCCCCGUCGACAGUCAGUUUACUCAACGACGGUCAUCGUCUAAGACUAGGUUGUCUGCUUCGCAACCUCCACUGCCUGCCAUUGCACACAUGAAAGCCUUCCGCUUCGAUGAUGAGGAUGAGGCACCUCAGUCGACCAACUACGACCACAUCCACCCAGCUCUCCGGCCAUCAUGUGUGGACACCACUAUCGGCAUGGCUCUCUCACCAAACUCAUCACCGCCGCAGAGCCCAACUACGAACUUGUGGUCUUCGUACUUUGAUGACCCAGCCGAGGUUACCCAAAAUCGUCCGACCCAAUCUAUGGACCGCUACUCUACCUCUGACCUUACAUAUACCGAUCCAAUCAUCUCGAAGGUGCUCAAGCGUAGUGCAAGCCACCGCGAGCAACACGGGCUCUUUACAAAGAUGGCCUCAUCUACAAAGAAUGUAGAGAAGCACGCCAGCGCCGAGAGGACUAAGAACCGCAUGUCUAUGCUAAAGCGUUUUUACGCUUUCUAGCUCAUGCUGCCUUACAGCUUUUACGAAUUUUCUUUGUCACCUUCAGCGUUUCUCAGUAUCGCGAUGGUUCCAUCGUUUCUUUCAAUUUGAGCCAACUCUCAUUGCUAGCUCAUGUAUGUUAUAUACCCACGGUAGUCGCACCACCGACACGAAAAGCGUGUACACCAUUGAUAGUUUACAACACUGAGUCUAUGAUAA